GCGGAAGCGGGUCGGCGCAGCGCAGCGGGCGGAGGCGCCGCGGGCCGCCUGGGCAGAAUGUCACGAUGGACGAGGGGGGCGUGCCCCUGCUCCCCGACAGCCUCAUCUACCAGAUCUUUUUGAGCCUGGGCCCUGCAGAUGUGCUGGCUGCUGGGCUGGUGUGCCGUCAGUGGCAAGCAGUGUCCCGUGACGAGUUCCUAUGGAGGGAGCAGUUCUACCGCUACUACCAGGUGGCCCGUGAUGUGCCCCGUCACCCAGCGGCCACGUCCUGGUACGAGGAGUUCCGGCGGCUCAUCAUGGUGCCCUGCGUGGAGGUGCAGACACUGAGACACACUGACCAGGUCUUGCACCUCAGCUUCUCCCACUCGGGAUACCAGUUUGCCCUCUGUUCCCAAGGAUUGCCCGUGAAGGUGAGGACAUUUUGGAACAACGACCUGGGCAUCUCGCUGAUGCACAGCGCAGAUAUGCGGCCCUACAACUGGAGCUACACCCAGUUCUCCCAGUUCAACCAGGAUGACUCACUGCUGCUGGCCUCGGGAGUCUUCCUGGGGCCUCACAACUCCUCCUCGGGCGAGAUUGCUGUCAUCAGCCUAGACUCCUUCGCUCUGCUGUCCCGUGUACGCAACAAGCCCUAUGACGUGUUUGGCUGUUGGCUUACGGAAACCAGUCUCAUCUCGGGGAACCUGCACCGUAUUGGCGAUGUCCCACCUCCUGCUGCAGUGCUGUGGUUGAACAAUGCCUUCCAGGACGUGGAGUCAGAGAAUGUCAACGUGGUGAAGCGGCUCUUCAAGAUCCAGAAUCUCAACGCCAGCACCAUCCGGACAGUGAUGGUGGCCGACUGCAGCCGCUUUGACAGCCCUGACCUCCUGCUGGAUGCAGGUGACCAGGCUGCGCCCCCCUGCCGUGUCUUUGAUCUGGGCGGGGACAGUGAGGAAGAGGUGCCUGACCCAGCUUUGCGCACCCCUGGCCCUGGCCGUGCCAAGGAAGGCUUGCGACACACACUGGACGGAAUCCUGGAUGGGCGUGUGCCGCUGUCGGAGCGCAUGCUGGAGACCAGGGUGGCUGAGCUGCUGGCCCAGGGCCACACCAAGCCCCCCGAGCGCAGCACCGCCGACGCCAGGAAUAAGUACCUCAUCUUCACCACUGGCUGCCUCACCUACUCGCCACACCAGAUCGGCAUCAAGCAGAUCCUGCCGCACCAGAUGACGACGGCAGGGCCGGUGCUGGGCGAGGGCCGGGGCUCCGAUGCCUUCUUUGAUGCCCUAGACCACGUCAUUGAUGUUCACGGGCAUAUCAUCGGCAUGGGCCUGUCCCCUGACAACAGGUACCUGUACGUGAACAGCCGCGCCUGGCCCCCUGGCUCAGUGGUGGCUGACCCCAUGCAGCCACCGCCCAUCGCGGAGGAGAUUGACCUGCUGGUGUUUGACCUCAAGACCAUGCGGGAGGUGAAGCGGGCCCUGAGAGCACACCGCGCCUACACCCCCAACGAUGAGUGCUUCUUCAUCUUCCUGGAUGUCAGCAGGGACUUUGUGGCCAGUGGGGCUGAGGACCGGCACGGCUACAUCUGGGGCCACUACAAUAUCUGCCUCGCUAAGCUGCGGCACGAGGAUGUGGUCAACUCGGUGGUCUUCAGCCCCCAGGAGCAGGAGCUCCUGCUGACAGCCAGCGAUGACGCUACCAUCAAAGCCUGGCGCUCACCGCGCACCGUGCGUGUCCUCCAGGCCCCGCCCACGCCGCGCCCCUUCUUCUCCUGGUUUGCCAGCCAUAGGCGUUGAAGGCACUGGUGCCUUGAGCUGCUGGGACCCACUGGGGACAGUAAUACCCUGUGGUUCUUUCCUGAGCUGGGGGAGAUGCUCGUAGCAGUAAUGCCUUAGGAAGGGGUUGGCCUGACCCCAACACGCUCGCUCAUGCAACCUGCUCACUCAGCACUAGGGUGGCUGCCAUGGGUGGCAUCAGGGACCCCGUAUCGGCCUCUUGGCCAGCUUGGGGUACACAGGACACUGGAGGCUCUGCUUCUCACCUAUCCCUUCCCCUGGGCUGGAGGCUCGCACAGCCUGAGCUGGCCUCUACCUGGGUACUUGCUUGGGAUAGUCACCACAACCCACACCCUCGGGGCCCUCUGGGGCCCUGGAGGUGGCCCAUUGGUUGCUGAGGCUCCUGCCUCUGGUGACAUGGUUUGUGCACCAGUGGCACAGGUCAGCCUCCUGUGGGCCCAUGUGUGCUGCAUGUGCACUUGUCACCUGGUUGGGGCCCUGAAUAAACAGCUGGCAACAGCCCCCAGUCAUCCAGUCUCUGUCUGUAGGGAGGGGGCCUAGGCACAGGUUGGCUGAUCUGCCUGGUGGUGUCUACCUUGGGGCUCUCCUGAAGGGACAGAAGGCCAAAGUGGAAGUGCUGAUGCAGGUGUGUGUCCUUCUGACCUCUGGGAGGCCUGUGCACAUCUGCCAUGUCAUGUGCUUAUGGCCACAAGGAGGCAGAGGGACACAGAGUCCUGUCCAGGGUCUUGAAGGCCCAGAUGGUACAGGGGCAGGCUCGUCCUAAGAGAAUUCCCUGGCUGCUGGGUAGGAAGGGGAGGUGGGCAGAGCUCUGAGGGGUCUAGACAGGUGAGGACCUGGGAUAUAGAAGGGCAGUUCUCCUUACCUGCCUCAUCAACUAGGGUCUCCUGAUGAAGGUGCAAUGGGGAAGAGGAAGUUUUGGUUACCUAGGGUAACCAUGGUGUGGGCAAUGGGCUGGGUGAGCAACUGGCUACACUGAGAGCUCAUGUUAAGCUUCCCUGGGACCUAUAGAAAAUAGGGAAAAAUGACAUCAAGGGUACUGAAUGAAUGAGGAAAGUGCUCUUCCUGGCUAGAGACCACAAAUGAGCAGAGGCUGCCUGGGGUCCUCUUGGGGUGGGAGCCAUACUGACUGCAAGGAGAACGGAGGGCAGGGCUCCUGGCACAGACAGGGAAGCCGGGCCUGGCUGAGAAUACAGGUGGAUGAGGGAGGAGAUGCAGUGAGCGUUCAUCAGCAUGGGCUGCUCUAUGUGAGGGCCAGAAGCUGCUCCACUAGCCAGGGGGUCAUGGCGAUGAAUCACACCACUGGAGGACAGAGACAGAAGAAAAACACGAU